AGUGUAAUGUAUUUUACAAUUUCUUCUCCAAAGAUGUAAAUAAUUUGUUGAAAAUUGGCCCGGUCUAUCUGACCUCUCGUAUGGUCCGCUUUUGGAAGCACAGAGGUACUGCCAUAUUUAGGUCGGUCAAGAACCGUGUCCAGAUUUAUUUCCCUUUUCAUAAGCCAGAGGUAGAUGGCUUGACCGCAUCGAAAGCCGAAUUUACUGGAAGAGUGCCAUGCCCUCCUUUUUCUUUAGCACUUGGUCAGAUAGUGCCGUUUAACCAGGAUGUUUCCGCUUCAAACAGUAACAUAGUCAAGGUCAAGAUUCACAAACUAUGUCUGAAUAGAUUCAUCUUAAAGCAUUAUUACCAAUCAGCAAACUAUUGGGCUGACCGGAACGACCUUGAGCUCUCCGUGGGUGACAUUGUUUUGGUGGAGAAGUUGGAUACACCUCUACAUUUUAAUACUGUUCUGCGUGUCAAAAAAAAUGUUUUUCCCACGGGUAAACUUGUUGACCCUAUCAGCGGAUUAAAAUGCCUAGGACCUAAUUAUAGUCUGGAUGUACUCGAAUCGUGGCUUGGGUCAUCACAAGAACCCAAGUAG